AUGUCUAACACACGAGAGUCAGACAGAAUUUCUGCAGCUCAGCAGACAUUGGACACCCUGCAUGAUAUUUCGCAGUUGCUGAAUACACAGCUGGACAAAGAAACGCUUGCGACAUGUGUUGGAAUGAUUGAAAGCGGUGUUAACCCGGAAGCACUUGCGGCUGUCAUCCAGGAGCUUCGCAGAGAAAGUCAGGCAUUGAAUGUACAGCCUUCAACGAACAGCAGACACUAG